AGGAUCAGUGUUUGUUUACAGUUCGGUGAUCGAGUGUUUGUACGUCUUGCUAGUGACGAUUUUCGCGCGCAAAUAUGCCGGGUAGAAAAAAACGUGCUCUUUCGGAGUUAGAACUUUCAGCCAAUUUAGCUGAAAUUUUAAGUGAUGUUAGCGAUAUUGACGAGCCAUUUGAUGAUUCAGAUGCAGAUCCAUGGUACGCUGAGAGUUCGGAAUAUGAUAGCGAGGAAUCUGCCGAAAAGAAUAAUCAAAAAUAUAAAAAAUUUAAAUAUCAACAGCAACCUCAAGUACCGACAAACCAAGACCAGCCACAACAGGGUACCAGUAGUGAUGACGAAGAUCAAGAUAUAAAUUUAGUUGGUCCACAAGUUCAAGCGGCAAGAGUAGAACCAAACGUAAUUUGGAAUGAUGUUGAUGAAGAGAAUCUAAAUAAAUUUCGAAAUCCACAAGAGGAUAGUACAUUAGGUCCGAUUGUCGAAACGCGUCAUGACGACAGCCCGCUUUCUUUUUAUAGGCUAUUAGUUUCUGAUGAAUUGCUUGACCUUGAACCUCGUAACCGAAACAAAUCUUAUUGCUACAUAGAUUAUUGCUGGUAUUGUCAAUGAGUCUAUCUCAAAAGACUCAAUUCUCGCCAACUGGAGUGACACAAAUCACAAAGAAAUGUUAAAAUUUAUUGGAAUCCUUAUAUGGAUGGGACUUAGCCCAAAACCUCGUCUAAAAGAUUUUUGGAGCACUAGUUCUAUUUAUAAACCUGAUAUAUAUAUAAAGUUAUACAGAUAUCACGAUGUCGAUUUGAAGCUUUGCUGUCUUGUUUACAUUUUUCAGAUAAUGAGUUAUGUCCAGAGGGAAACAGAUUAUUCAAACUGGAAACUCUUUAGGAAUAUCCAUCAAAAAUUUCCAGGGAGCUUUGGUGCCAGGAAACUCCGUUUGUAUAGAUGAAUCCAUGGUUCCUUUUCGAGGAAGACUAUCCUUUUUGCAAUAUAUACCUGGAAAAAGCCAUAAGUAUGGCAUAAACAUUUUUAAGCUGUGUGCUUAAGGUGGGUACACGUCCAACUUAAAAGUUCCGAGUCCGAAAAGGACGGUAAAGGAAGUCCGACCCACGGAUCAUACUGGUUGAUCCGUGGAAUAAAUAGAGGGUUUUUUGACAUGGAAUCUAACCCUGGGGCGUAUAUCCAAUACCAAUUUUAAACCUUUUAUCCCUUGAUGAUGGACACCACUGUGUCCGAAACAUGUAGGGAAUUUUUAAUUACUAAUUGUUUAAUUAAUAAGUGGAGAGAGAUUGCGGAUUUUCAUUUUACCUUAACCUACAACUCCACUGCAAGUACGGACUAUUUCUUCACUAUUAAAUUCUUUAUUCUUCAUCGAUCCUUAAUGAAUGAUAAAUCAAAAAAACAUUUUUUUAAACUGCUUUCCCCACUUCUUCAUGUCAUAAUUUUUGAGAUACGAGCUGAGUCAAAUAGAUUAUUAUAAAUAAAAUAAAAUAUACUUAUAAAGGAAGCCACCCGCAAUUUUUUUUAUUUGUAUGGACGUUUUCAGCCUAG